UGCAACGCAUGGGCGACGCUCGAGGACCCCAGUAGCAAGCUACUGGAAUGGGCCCCCCCUAAAAAAAUUAAUUUAAUAUCAUGUGGACCAAUGGUCCACGUAUCAGAUAUUAAACUGAUAAGAACAGAUACUACACUUGAUCUUAGCCAAAAGGCCGAGAAAGGUAUGCCUUCUUUGUUGUUGAGUUUCUUUAUUUAUAAUAGUCGUUCCCUUUGUUCUCUUUGUUUUCUUACGAUGUGGGAUCUGAAGGCAGUAACCACAUGCAACCGUCCGCGGCUGCAAGCUUAAGUUAAAAUAUGCUAUGGCCAAAACGUUAUUAUUUGGCUCAAUAAUUGGCAAGUACUCAAAUGAGUCCUUGCUUUCAAACAAGACUGAAACGACCUUUACUAUGUCAUCUGAAAACCCGAUUUUCAAUUCAUUUAAUGCACAUCUCAACCACUGUUAAACCCAAAGCAAAAUCACAAAAUAUCGUUUCUUUUUCAUUUUCUUCCAAUCAAACACCUUCAUACUAUGCACUCUUUCUCCAAUGUUGCCUCAACCAAAAGGCUCUAGUCCCUGGAAAACAGCUCCAUGCUUGCUUAUGCCAUCUGGGUCUUGGAUUUGAUGAAUUUUUAGCGACUAAAUUAGUCAAUCUUUAUUGCAUUUGCAAUUGUUUACGUGAAGCACACCUGUUGUUUGAUAAAAUUCCUAAAAGAAAUUUGUUUCUCUGGAAUAUAUUGAUCCAGGGAUAUGCGUGGUAUGGUCCCCACGGAGUUGCAAUUGAGCUUUAUUAUAGAAUGUUUGAUUAUGGUUUAGUGCCUGAUAACUUUACUUUCCCUUUUGUUCUAAAAGCGUGUUCAACGGUUUCAGCUAUUGAGGAUGGGAGAAAGAUUCAUGGACAGGUAAUAAGAAGUGGAUGGGAAGGGGAUGUGUUUGUAGGUGCAGCUUUAAUUGACAUGUAUGCAAAAUGUGGUCUUGUGGAUAAUGCACGUGAAGUUUUUGACAAGAUUGCUGUAAGAGAUGUUGUUUUGUGGAAUUCUAUGCUUGCUGCGUAUUCUCAAAAUGAUAAACCAGAUAAGUCAAUUUCUUUGUGUAGUGAAAUGGUGUUGUCAGGUUUGAGGCCAAGUGAAGCCACUCUUGUGACUGUCAUAUCAGCUUCAGCUGCUAUUGGACUCCUUCCUCAAGGUAAGGAGCUUCAUGGGUUUGCAUGGAGAUGGAGGUUUGAGUCAAAUGAUAAGGUGAAAACAACAUUAUUGGAUAUGUAUGCAAAGUGUGGUUCAUUGAAGGUGGCCCAUAAUUUGUUCGACCAACUGAAAGAGAAAAGGGUUGUAUCUUGGAAUGCAAUGAUUACUGGGUACGCAAUGCAUGGUCGUACAAAUGAGGCGCUGGAAUUGUUUGAUAAAAUGAGGGAAGUGGCAAAACCUGAUCAUAUAACAUUUGUCGGUGUUCUGUCAGCUUGUAGCCAUGACUGUUUGCUUGAAAAAGGUCGGUACUUUUUUGAAUCAAUGGUGAGAGAUUACCAUAUUGAACCAGCAAUUCAGCAUUAUACGUGCAUGAUUGAUCUACUUGGCCAUUCAGGUCGAUUAGUUGAGGCUUAUCAUCUUAUAAUGCAAAUGAGAAUGGUGCCAGAUGCUGGUAUAUGGGGUGCUUUACUGAAUUCAUGUAAAAUCCAUGGGAAUGUAGAGUUCGGGGAACUUGCACUAGAGAAAUUGAUUGAGUUUGAACCUGAUGAUGCUGGCAACUAUGCGAUAUUAUCAAACAUUUAUGCUCAAGCCGGGAGAUGGGAUGGAGUUGCAAAGUUGAGAAAAUUAAUGACUGAUAAGGGACUGAAAAAAAGUAUUGAUUGAUGUGGAAAACAAAAUUCAUGCACUUGUUUCUGGAGACACUUAAGCAUACUUAAUCUGAGGCAAUAUUUGCUGAGUUAAAGAGUUUGGAAUUGGACGAAUUAAUGGAAGAUGUUGCUUUGUGCCUAAUAUAGGUUCAAAUUUUCAUGGUGCAGAAGAUGGUGGAAAAGACUAAUAGGACGCACAGAAAAAGGCUAGCUAUUGAAUUUGGAUUGAUAUCAUUUUAGAGAUGGAUUAUAUACUGUUGGUCAUUCUUGGUGAACUGAACAUAAGUUGGAUUGCAAGAUUCAUAGUUCAAGAACAAAAAAGUAUGGUGCAAUUGGUGCGGUGCAUUGGAAAAAUCUAAGGUAGGGAAAUGAAGAAGAGCCUAAGUGAUGGUUGCUGUUUUCAAAGGAGAAAUACAUAAAAAAAAUUAUGCAAAUCCUUGGAUUGGAAGUAGACAGGAUAAAUUUAACAAAAUGAAGACAUCGGUAGGAGGCAAGAGAGACAUUAUCCUUAUUUUGGAAGAACAUAACUUGAAUUUUAGGAGCAAAUAUAAUUAUCCUUUGCAUUUCUAGCGAAUAACAUCGAAUAGGAUAGAUUCAAAUAACAUGCACUGUUCUCAUCAUUUUGUUCCUUGGAAUUUGAAUAAAAACUAUGGAAGAGAAUUGAGUCUCCAGUCAUAGGUGAGAAA